AUGCGAAGAGAGGAAAGUUGAGGAGAGAGAGAGAGGACUGACUGAAGAAAAUGUCGGGACUCCAGUGUUCAGCCGGAUAAGCUGCUCUGACAGCGGACUGAGCGGAUGAGGAGAGGCUGUGUGAGGGAAGCGGGUCGUUGUGGAUGAUAAGAAGAGUUCGUUUCAGAGAGAAAAAGUCCAAACAUGGCCGACAGAACAGCUCCGAACUGCCAUCUGCGCCUGGAGUGGGUAUACGGCUACCGGGGCCACCAGUGCCGCAACAACCUGUACUACACCGCCGCCAAGGAGCUCGUCUACUUCGUAGCAGGUGUCGGAGUUGUGUACAACACACGCGAACACAAGCAGAAAUUCUACCUGGGCCACAACGACGACAUUAUCAGUUUAGCCCUGCACCCAGAGCGAGUGUUGGUGGCCACAGGACAGGUGGGAAAGGAGCCGUAUAUUUGCGUGUGGGACUCUUACACCGUCCAGACUGUGUCUAUUCUAAAGGACAUGCACACACACGGCAUUGCUUGCCUUGCCUUCGAUCUCGACGGACAGUGUUUGGUAUCUGUGGGGCUUGAUUCUAAGAACACGAUCAGUGUGUGGGACUGGAGAAAAGGAAAAGUGUUGGCUGCUGCUCCUGGGCAUACAGACCGGAUAUUUGACAUAUCAUGGGACCUGUAUCAGCAGAACAAGCUGGUAAGCUGUGGUGUCAAACAUAUCAAGUUCUGGAGUUUAUGUGGGAAUGCUCUGACCCCGAAAAGGGGUGUGUUUGGGAGGACAGGUGAGCUGCAGACCAUUCUCUGCGUGGCCUGUGCCAAAGACGAAGUUACAUACUCUGGUGCCUUGAAUGGAGACAUCUACUUUUGGAAGGGGGUCAACUUAAUACGGACCAUUCAGGGGGCACAUGGGUCAGGGAUUUUCAGCAUGAAUGCUUGUGAAGAGGGUUUUGCCACUGGCGGCAGAGAUGGCUGCAUCCGACUGUGGGACCUGAGCUUCAAACCCAUUACUGUCAUCGAUCUCAGGGAAACAGACCAGGGUUAUAAAGGCUUGUCUGUGCGCAGUGUGUGCUGGAGAGGAGACCACAUCCUGGUGGGCACUCAGGACAGUGAGAUUUUUGAGGUGGUGGUGCAUGACCGAACUAAGCCCUUCCUUAUCAUGCAGGGCCAUUGUGAGGGCGAGCUCUGGGCUCUGGCUGUGCACCCUACCAAACCACUUGCCAUAACUGGUAGUGAUGACAGAUCUGUCCGUAUCUGGAGCCUUGUGGACCAUGCAUUGAUAGCCCGCUGUAACAUGGAGGAGCCCAUCCGCUGUGCAGCAGUAAGCCCCGAUGGCAUCCACCUGACACUGGGAAUGAAGGACGGAUCCUUUACUGUGCUGAGAGUCAGGGACAUGACCGAGGUGGUGCAUAUCAAGGACCGUAAGGAGGCCAUUCAUGAGCUGAAGUACGCUCCUGAUGGAGCUCACCUGGCUGUGGGCUCCAAUGACAGUUCAGUAGAUAUCUACGGUGUGGUUCAGCGCUAUAAGAAAGUGGGCGAGUGUGUCGGCUCCACCAGCUUCAUCACACACAUGGACUGGUCCACUGACAGCAAGUACCUGCAGACCAAUGAUGGCAGUGGCAAGAGACUCUUCUACAGAAUGCCCACGGGGAAGGAGGUGACUAACAGAGAAGAGCUGAAGUUGGUCCAGUGGUCCUCAUGGACGUGCGUUCUUGGUCCAGAAGUGAACGGGAUCUGGCCAAAAUACUCAGACAUCAACGACAUCAACUCCGUAGACGCCAACUUCUCUAAUCAAGUUUUAGUUACAGCAGAUGAUUAUGGAUUAGUUAAAUUGUUACGAUAUCCGUGCAUAAGAAAAGGUGCAAAAUUCAAAAAAUAUUUAGGACACUCUGCACAUAUAACCAAUGUAAGGUGGUCACAUGAUUAUCAGUGGGUGAUAACUACUGGUGGAACUGACCAUUCAGUCUUUCAGUGGAAAUUUGUACCUGAACGGAAGUCGAAAGAUACUCACCAUAUAGCCGCACAAGAGAUGUUGGCAGACUCGAACAGCGAGGAAUCAGAUUCUGAUCACUCAGAUGUGCCUGAAUUGGACUCGGAAAUUGAGCAGGAAACGCAGCUUACAUACCGACGGCAGGUUUACAAGGAAGAUCUACCUCAGCUUAAACAGCAGUACAAGGAUAAGUAUCAAGUGGCAGCUUUGAAAAAGAGGGAGAGACCUCCAGCUAGUGGCUUAAGGUUACACUUUGUCCAUGGUUACAGAGGCUCCGACUGCAGGAGCAAUUUGUUCUACACUCAGACCGGAGAGAUUGUCUACCAUGUGGCUGCUGUGGGGGUGGUUUAUAACAGACAGCAGAACACUCAACGCUUUUACCUGGGCCAUGAUGAUGACAUCCUCUGUCUGGCUAUCCACCCCAUUAAAGAUUACGUAGCUACAGGCCAAGUGGGAAGAGACUCCUCCAUACACAUCUGGGAAACUGAGUUUUUAAAGCCCCUCUCAGUUCUUAAAGGUUGCCACCAAUUUGGAGUGUGUGCACUUGACUUUUCAGCGGAUGGAAAGCGACUAGCAUCUGUUGGUCUUGAUGACAAUCACACCAUUGUGCUCUGGGACUGGAGGAAAGGAGAAAAACUCUCAGCUUUUCGUGGAAGCAAAGAAAAAAUAUUUGUGGUUAAAAUUAAUCCAUAUAUGCCUGACAAGCUCAUCACUGCUGGAGUAAAGCACAUAAAGUUUUGGCAUAAAGCAGGUGGAGGUCUGAUAGGAAAGAAGGGAAACAUGGGGAGGACUGAGACCAUGAUGUGUGCAGUUUAUGGCUGGACGGAGGAGAUGGUGUUCUCUGGGACGAGCACUGGUGACAUCUGCAUAUGGAGAGACAUGUUUCUGAUGAAGACUGUCAAAGCUCAUGAUGGACCAGUCUUCAGCAUGCAUGCGCUGGAAAAGGGCUUUGUGACUGGUGGAAAGGAUGGCAUAGUUGCCUUGUGGGAUGAUACAUUUGAAAGGUGCCUCAAGACAUAUGCCAUAAAGAGAUCUGUACUUGCUCCAGGCUCCAAAGGAUUAUUGUUAGAAGACAACCCCUCAAUCCGUGCCAUAUCUCUGGGUCAUGGACACAUACUUGUAGGAACGAAGAAUGGAGAGAUUUUGGAGGUGGACAAAACCGGACCCAUCACACUAUUAGUCCAGGGUCAUAUGGAGGCAGAGGUGUGGGGUUUGGCCACCCAUCCUCAUCUGCCGCUAUGUGCCACUGUGAGUGAUGACAAGACUUUGCGCAUAUGGGACCUUUCACCUAGCCACUGCAUGCUUGCUGUGCGCAAACUUAAGAAAGGUGGUCGCUGCUGCUGUUUCUCUCCGGAUGGCAAGGCUUUGGCAGUUGGGUUGAACGAUGGCAGCUUCCUUAUUGUAAAUGCAGACACUCUAGAGGACCUGGUUUCAUUUCACCACCGCAAGGACAUCAUCUCCAGUAUCCGCUUUUCCCCUGGUGCAGGAAAAUAUUUGGCAGUGGCCUCGGCUGACAGCUUUGUGGAUAUAUACAACCUGAUGAGCAGCAAGAGAGUGGGUGUAUGCAAAGGCUCAAUGAAUUACAUUAGCCACCUGGACUGGGACAAAAGAGGGAAGCUUUUGCAGGUCAACACUGUGUCUAAGGAGCAGCUAUUUUUUGAGGCUCCUCGUGGGAAGAAGCAAAGCAUUCCUGCCGCAGAGGUGGAGAAGAUUGAGUGGAGCACAUGGACAUGUGUGUUAGGAAGCUCCUGUGAGGGCAUCUGGCCAGUGGUCAGUGAGGUUACAGAUGUCAUUAGCUCAUGUCUUAGCAACGACAGGCAGCUGCUGGCAACAGGCGAUGAUCUUGGAUAUAUAAAGCUCUUCAGGUAUCCUGUUAAGGGAAAGCACGCUAAGUUCAAGCGGUACGUGGCCCACAGCACCCAUGUGACCAACGUGCUUUGGACGCACGAUGACUCUCUGCUGGUGUCAGUGGGCGGAGCCGAUACAUCUCUGAUGAUUUGGAGCCAUGACACUGAAGGGUGCCGAGAGGUGCGCCAGUGUGAUAGUGAGGAAUCCGACAUUGAGAGCGAGGAAGAUGGGGGGUACGAUAGUGAUGUGACUCGGGAGAAUGAGAUCAGCUAUGUAAUUAAGGCCUUAUCUACCAACAUGCGCCCCAUGGCAGGGGUCAAGCCCCACUUACAGCAAAAAGAGCUUUCUGUAGAUGAAAGACAGGGGGUAGUGAGAGGCUCGAGACCCCCAGUGAGCAGGGCUUUACCAGUACCAGAAAAACUGCAAACCAACAAUGUAGGCAAGAAGAAAAGGCCCAUUGAGGACCUGGUGCUAGAGCUGGUGUUUGGUUACCGGGGCAACGACUGCCGAAACAACGUGCAUUACCUGAACGAGGGGGCGGAUAUCAUCUAUCACACGGCUUCAGUUGGAAUUGUUUUUAAUUUAACGACAGCAUGCCAGAGUUUCUAUGUGGAGCAUAGUGAUGACAUUCUGUGCCUCACCAUUAAUCAACACCCCAAAUUCCCCAACGUUGUGGCAACUGGCCAAGUAGGUGAUGCUGGUGACAUGUCAGCCACCUGCCCAUCUAUUCAUGUGUGGGAUGCCAUGAACAAGCAGACAUUGUCUGUACUGCGCUGCUACCACUCUCGGGGUGUGUGCUCAGUCAGCUUUAGUGCCACUGGCAAGCUGCUCUUGUCUGUGGGUCUGGACCCUGAGCAUACUAUCACCAUCUGGAAGUGGCAGGAAGGUGCCAAAGUGGCCAGUCGCUCAGGCCACACACAGCGGAUCUUUGUUGCAGAGUUCAGGCCGGACUCGGACACUCAGUUUGUUUCAGUGGGCAUAAAGCAUGUGCGCUUCUGGACGCUGGCUGGAAGGGCUCUUCUUAGCAAGAAAGGAGUGCUCAGCUCUAUUGAGGAUGCCCGCAUGCAGACCAUGCUCUCUGUGGCGUUCGGAGCUAAUAACUUGACAUUUACAGGUACCAUAAGUGGAGAUGUGUGUGUAUGGAAGGAACACAUUCUAGUGCGAAUUGUGGCCAAGGCACACACUGGUCCUGUUUUCACCAUGUACACCACCCUGCGAGAUGGCCUCAUUGUCACAGGUGGAAAGGAACGACCGUCUAAGGAGGGAGGUGCGCUAAAACUGUGGGAUCAGGAGCUGAAGCGCUGCCGGGCUUUCAGACUGGAGACUGGUCAAAUCAUCGACUGCGUGCGCUCUGUCUGCAGGGGAAAGGGUAAGAUCUUGGUUGGCACCCGGAAUGCUGAGAUCAUCGAGGUAGGGGAAAAGAAUGCAGCUUGUAACAUUUUGGUGAACGGCCAUAUGGACGGCCCCAUCUGGGGACUGGGGGUUCACCCUACACGAGAUGUCUUCCUGUCUGCUGCAGAGGAUGGCACAGUACGACUGUGGGACAUUCCAGAAAGGAAGAUGCUAAAUAAGGUGAACCUGGGCCACCCUGCACACGCAGUGAGCUACAGUCCUCAAGGGGACAUGGUAGCAAUCGGAAUGAAAAAUGGAGAGUUCAUCAUCCUCCUUGUCAGCUCACUGAAAAUUUGGGGUAAGAAGAGAGAUCGUCGCUCCCCCGUCCAGGAUAUCAGGUUCAGUCCAGAUUCACGUUACCUUGCUGUGGGCUCGAGUGAGAAUGCUGUGGACUUCUAUGAUCUGAUGCUGGGUCCACAACUAAACCGCAUUAACUGCUGCAGAGAUAUCCCAAGCUUUGUGAUUCAGAUGGACUUCUCUGCUGACAGCUGCUACAUACAGUUGUCCACUGGUGCUUAUAAACGCCUGGUGUAUGAAGUGCCUUCUGGAAAGCAGAUCACAGAACAGGCAGUCAUAGACAGAAUCACCUGGGCCACAUGGACAAGUGUGCUUGGGGAUGAGGUGGUAGGAAUCUGGUCCCGCAACACAGAUAAAGCUGAUGUAACAUGUGCCUGCGUCUCCCAUUCUGGCAUCAACAUCGUCACGGGUGACGACUUUGGAAUGGUGAAGCUGUUCGACUUUCCAUGUCCAGAUAAAUUUGCCAAACACAAGCGUUUUAUGGGCCACUCAGCCCAUGUUACCAACAUCCGCUUCACUAAUGGAGACCGCUUCGUCAUCAGCGCUGGAGGCGACGACAGAAGCCUGUUUGUGUGGAAGUGUGUCCAUGUUCCACACUGACACACAUACACACACACACACACACGCACACUUUGAAAUCCAGUCUACCUUAAAGUUAUCAUAAGACUGGAGGAACAUGCAGCAUCUGGGCUUCUACAACUCAGUCCAGUGUGGUUUUACUGAAGAAGGAGAGAAAAUCUAUGCAUGAAGAGAAAGAGCGAGUGGCCGGUGCUCCUAACAGGGGUUCCAGUCUAACAUUUCUACAACCAGGUGCACACAUCUGAAUGAGCCUCCUGUUCCAUCAUUCCACAUGCCUGAACCCUACUUUAUUGUCUUACGAUUCCAAACAGGCACACUGGAAAUGUCUUCCCACCAUGUUUGUACUACUCUUCCAGCUUAGAUCAGGGAUGCACCAAUUUACUCUAUAUUACUUAAUUGUGUUCUUUCUUUUAGCUGCUCCUUUUUGUAAGUUAUUGUAAGCUGUUAUUUGGUAAUAUUUAAAAAAUAUUCCAAGUGAAUAUUUUCUUUUAUCACCACCUCUUUAACCAAUAAUUAACUUAAGAAAAAUCAAUUAGUAUUUCUUGCUUUUGUACAUUUGCCCGUGUAAAGACACUCGUGUGUGUGUAUAUAGAAAAGGACAGAAAAUAAAACGGAUACACCCGGAGAAUUUAACUUUUGAUUGACCAACCUAUAUAAACAAGGAAAUUAAUUCAUAUUUGGCAGAUGUUUUGUCUGAAUAUGUAUGUAAUACAAUUUAGUUUAAAUUUAGUUACUAAAGUCUAAACUUCUACUUUUGUCCUGUGCUUGCUGUGGUAGUAAUGGUUACUAAAUCAUUUCUUAACUGUCCUCUAUCAGCAUGCCAGUAAGAACUACUUACCGAUCAUAACACAGGGUGCACAGUUUUUGUUAGACUUGCAGCAAUUAAAAACAAGAAAAUAAUUUGAAUACAGUGAUAUUGCAGUGAUUUUGUAUAGGGUUAACAGUGAUAACAAAAAAUAGAAAAAUUACAGUCCUAAUGUUUAUUGAAAAAUUCUAAUAUUGACAUUUGAUCAAACUAGAAAAAAAAUCUGAUUGGUGCAUCCCUAUUUCCUUUUAAGUCUAUGUCAUUUAUUCAUUGAGUUAUGUUUCUUCCAGUAAGAAGAACUAAGAAAUGUGUAGCAAGCAAAACAAGAUUAGCCUUAAACCCCCCUUCUUCUUUUUUGAGGUGUGUUGGACCGCUCUGUUUAAAUAGUUCUUUUGUUUUGUCUGGAUAAUUUCUGUUAUUACCAUGUUUUAUAUAUCUGUUUGGUUUGUAAAUUUUUUCAUUGCAUAACAGAACUCUUGUGGCCUUCUCCCUGAAUGUAACACGGUCGUUAUAUUCUUGGACAUCAGCAUGCCAAAGCAUACUAUGCACUGUAUACAUGACCUGCUCACUGUGGUUCUUCAGUGGUCUCUGACUGUGGUAUUCACUCAUCAGACCUCAGAUACCCCCCACACCUUCACACAAGCAGGUGGCAUAAUUAACCGUAGCAUCUUUAGCUUUAAGCAGUACCCGUGGUUUCUGUGUGCAAGUCCUUGUGUGUAGGUAAGUGUGCCGUUUAAGUGUAGAUGUUCCUUGUCUGAGAACAAAUUAUUAAACAGAUGGUGAUUAUUCAGUGUCUCUAAAAUAAAUGGGAAAAGGAUAUGUAGUGAUGCAGUGUUGCAUCGUAUAAAUUGCUACUCAUCGUGCUGCUGAAACCUUUUUGAAAAAUCAUAUCUCAUAGUGAUUAAGUAUGUAAAGAGCCUUUCUUCCAUUAUCAGAUCUAAAAUCACUUUACUGGAAUGUUUUAACUGAGAAAUAUACAAGCAAACGGAAGAGAACAUGCAAUCUGUUUUCUAUUUUAUUUCCUGUCAUACUGAAAAAUAGUGCAAGGUAUGUUCAGUGCAUAUUUUCAUUUUCUGAAAUCAAUGUAAAUAUUAAUUGUAAAGGCGUUCAUUUGUAUAUUUUUGUGAAAUGUUUUCUUAAAAAUCAACUUUGAUUAAAAA